AUGCCUUCCGUUGAUGUCGAUGUAACUACUAUUCCUGAUAUGAUUGAAGCACAAUUAACAUUGAGUUAUAGUCGUCUCGCAAAUCUUGUGCGACUAAUUGUUGAUCAAGGCAACGGCCACGAUAUAGACAUUGAUAAACUUACCAACCGUAUUGAUGCUCUAACAAGAGAAAAUGCAGAGCUGAGGAAACUGGUAGAAUCUCUUAUUUCGGAGAAAAAGAGUGAGGAUGCUAUUCGAGAAGAGUUGGCGGAGUUACGUCAGGAGCUUUCUCGUGUGUCAGACGCCUCUGCGGAGAACUCCAAAAAGAUGUCCAGUGUUGUUGAGAUGAUCCAUCAGCAGAAUGAUGAUCUUGAGCAGCGUGUAAAUGAGGAAUCAAAAGUGCGUACAAAUGAAAUGGACCAGGUUCAAACGUCCCUCAGAGAGUUGGAGGAAUUUAAUGCUGUAACGCGAAAUACCAUGAAAUUAUUUGAUGAAUUUAUAGCUUUGUGGGAAGGUAAGGGAGAUAAGGUGGAAUUACUCACAAAGUGUGGUCCUGAUGGUUCGUUUCAACAUUCCACAGAUGAACGUGUCUCGUAUCUACACUCUCUUCCUGUUUUUACAAAGGUAUUUGAUGAGAUGGAUGUAUUGAGACAAAUGAUGCGACAACAGGCUUCAGAUGCCUUGCUUGCAAAGAAUGCAACUCUAAAUAAACGUGCAAGUGCUAUUGAGUCCAUUUCUUCUCCUGCUGCGGGUACUAUCGAUCGUGAAGCCAUUGACGCCUUGCAAGAUUCAUUUUCUGCACUGGAGAAACGUAUCAGAAAUUUGGAGACUAGACGUAUUCCGGCACUUGAAGAAGCACAACGGCAACAACAACAAGAUCAGCAAGAGCAACAACAAAUGGAUCAGACCGCUUCACGUGUGGAUAGAGAUGAAAUUAAGAAGGUUGAUGAUAGAUUACAACAUGUGGAGAAUCGUCUUCGUAACUUAACUUUCCAGGCAUCUGAAGGAUCCACUAUUGAUAAAGCUGUUCUAAUGGAUAUGGAAAUUCGUUUACGGUCAUUAGAAGAAACAGUGGAGGGUAUCCCGUCUGGGCCUGCUGUGAAUAAUAAUCAACAACAACAACAACAACAAGGACAAAAGGGUGAUGCAGAUUCUCUUCCUCCCAUAUUUUCCGUACAAAGGCCUUCCUCUGCCAAUUUGCGGCCUUCGCAACUGCGACCACAGUCUGCCUCCACGAGGCGAAUCUCUGCCCCACCUACAGAUGAUGGAUCUUCCAUAAAGGCAGAAGGGGAACGGGCGGCCACACCGUUAGCUGAUACCCGCCCAGCCAGUGGAUUAAAUGCCGCAGGUGAUGAGCGAAACAAACAACGGAUGAGUGCGACCGUGGGUUCAUUGGGCUCCCGCCACAGUGUGCGCUCCUCUGUUGAGCAGCCUAAUGUAGAGGUGUACCGCAAACAGUCUGUGAGUUCGCCAAAGUCAGCUAAUUCAGUCCCGCAGGUACAGGUGCUUGAACAGGAUGAUGGUUUGCGACGUCGUGUUGCGCAGCUGGAGGAGAAUUCUGCUAUUCUGGAAAUGAAAAAAGCCGAUCGCAAUGAACUUUUAGCACUCGAGGAAUCACUUCGACACUAUCUGACAAAUGCGGGUAUUCCUAUUUCAUCUCACAUGGUCCAGGGCAUGAUGGCACAGUAUCCAGGGGCGGCUAAUGAUGGACGGAUGGCGUAUGUCACGGAGGCUUCCUAUGCAAACAACGCCCCAGGAAUGCAGAGAAGCACACCAAUAGGACGCCCGAUGUUCGUGGGAAGUUCCUCACAGUAUUUACGUGAUGCCACAGGGAAUAUGACUUGCGCCACUAUUGCUAGUGCUCACGCGCAGUAG